AUGAUUGAUGAUGAUAAGUGUGAUAAACCAACCAAUAAAGAACAAUCUGGCGCACCAAAAAAGUUUGAAGACGAGGAAUUAGAGGCGUUACUUAAUGAAGAUUCAUGUCAGACGCUAGCUGAACUUGCAGAAUCAUUAGGAGUUGAUCACACAACAGUUUCGAAAUGUUUAAAAGGAUUAAGAAUGAUUCAAAAGCAAGGACAUUGGGUGCCGUAUGAGUUGAAGCCGAGAGACGUCGAACGGUGUCUUUUUACAUGUGAACAACUGCUUCAACAGCAGAAAAGGAAAGGUUUUCUGCAUCGUAUAGUGACAGGCAACAAAAAAUGGAUACACUACAAUAACCCUAAGCGUAGAAAAUCGUGGGGUAAGCCCGGCCAUGCAUCAACAUCGUCAGCAAGGCCAAACAUCCAUGGUUCGAAGCUUCUGCUCUGCAUUUGGUGGGAUCAGCUAGGUGUAGUUUAUUACGAGCUGCUCAAACCAAACAAAACCAUCACGGGAGAUCGCUAUCGACUACAAUUGAUGCGUUUGAGCCAAGCAUUGAAGGAAAAACAGCCGCUAUAUGAGCAUAGAUACGACAAAGUGAUUUUGCAACAUGACAAUGCUCGGCCACAUGUUGCACAACCAGUGAAAACGUACUUGGAAACGCUUAAAUGGGAAGUCCUACCCCACCCACCGUAUUCACCAGACAUCGCCCCUUCUGAUUAUCACUUGUUCCGAUUGAUGGCACAUGGCCUGGCUGAACAGCACUUCCAUUCUUAUGAAGAUGCCAAAAAAUGGGUUGAUUCUUGGAUAGCCUCAAAAGACUUGUCGUUUUUCCAACGUGGAAUUCAAAUGUUGCCAGAACGUUGGGAGAAAAAUACAUUUCCUAACUUAUUUUCAAGUCUAAGAAUUAAUGAUAAUAAUUUAUGGAACACUUUUGCCAAAAGUUAUCACUGUGAACAAGAAAUUCCAUCCAUUGUAGAACAACAACUUACUUCAUUUCAACAAGUUUUAUUAAUACAAGCAUUACGUCCAGAUCGCCUCCAAAGUGCAAUGACAACAUUUUGUUCUAGAUUAUUAACAUUAAAAGAGCUUUCUCUACCUGCUUUAAAUUUACGAAACAUUUAUUCAUAUGAAACAUUAGCUUCAGAACCAAUAUUAAUUAUUAUAUCACCUGGAGCUGAUCCAUCUCAAGAAUUGCAAGAACUCAGUGCUGAAAUUGUAGGAUCUGAAAAAUAUUAUCAGGUUUCAAUGGGUCAAGGGCAAAUGGAAAUUGCUAUAGACUAUCUUCAUAAUUGUGCACAAGAAGGCAACUGGUUAUGCUUGAAAAAUCUUCAUCUAGUCACUCAUUGGUUACCUACAUUAAUUAAAGAAUUUAAUAAAUUAUCUCCACAUGAAAAUUUCCGUUUAUGGUUGACAUCAGAACCACAUCCAAAAUUCUCACCUAUUCUACUACAAAUGAGCUUAAAACUAACUUACGAGGCUCCUCCAGGUGUUAAAAAAAAUUUAUUAAGAACAUAUAACUCAUGGUCACAAGAAUAUGUGAAUAGUGGAAAAAAUAUGACAAGAUCCCAUAUAUUGUUUAUUCUUGCAUGGUUCCAUGCCAUAUUACAAGAAAGAAGAAUGUAUAUUCCACAAGGUUGGACAAAAUUUUAUGAAUUUAACUUAGCAGAUUUAAGAGCUGGUGCUGACAUAAUUGAUCGAAUUUAUAAGAAUCCAGGUAGCAUAAAAAUUAAUCAAUUGGAAUAUAUUCAUGGAUUGUAUGAAUCAGCUAUAUAUGGUGGUAGAAUAGAUAAUCCGUUUGAUAUGAGAAUCCUUAUAUCCUAUUUAAGACAGUUUUUCAAUGAUCAAGUUAUAUCUGGAUCAGUUUCUAUGAGAAAACAUUUUUCUUGCAAUAUACAACUUCCAAAUUCUGCAGAUUAUCAGGAAUAUGUAAGGGCUAUUUAUCAAAUGCCUGAAGAAGAUAGUCCUCAAUACUUUGGACUACCAGCAAACAUUGAACGAUCAAUUCAAAGGAUAUCUAGUAAUCAAGUUAUACAACAAUUAAAAUUGUUGAUGAGACCAUCAGAAGUGGAAAAUACAUUUGAUAUUAAUCGUUGGAAUACUGAAUUAUCUCCCAUUUUGAAUUUAUGGAAGAAACUUAAUCAGGGUGCUCAACUUAUACAACUAAAUGUAAAACCACCAACUGAACAUGAUGGAAAAUAUUCCCCAUUGAAUUCUUUUGUCCAGUUAGAAUAUUACAAUGGAAUUCAACUAGUGCAGUUCAUUCAUGCUUCAUUAGCAGGACUUAGCAAAGUUAUUAGAGGAACUCUUUUGCUCACAAAAGAAAUUCAGCAAUUGGCUGCAUCACUAUUAUGUCAUGAGACACCUAGCUCCUGGCAAAAGAAAUGGGAUGGUCCAGAAGAUCCUUUACAUUAUUUAAGAGGUGUUAUGAGCAGAGCUUUAGCAAUUCAAAAAUGGUUAAAGUUAGCUGAAACUGGAUCUUUAAUUAAUGAAACAUUAGAUUUAUCUGAACUUUUUCAUCCAGACACAUUCCUCAAUGCAUUUCGACAAGAAACUGCUCGAGAAAUAAAACAGUCCAUGGAUUAUUUAAAAUUUGUCAGCAAUUGGAAUGGACCUGUUUCUGGUUCAAAAAUGUGUCUAAAAAUAACAGGAUUACAACUGGUGGGAUGUUUAUUUGAUGGAAUUCAUUUGACUGAUUGUAAGCGUGAUUCACCGAGCAUUACUGCAGUACCACCAUGUUUUGUUGCAUGGAUACCUAAGGAUUUUUCUCCUUACCAAGAGACUGUUAUAUCGUUACCAGUGUACUUUACUCAGGAAAGAGAACGAAUUGUAACUUGUUUAGAUGUUCCUUGUGGAAAUUCAAAAGAUCAUUGGUUGCAAUGUGGUGCUGCAUUUUUAUUAAAAAGUUCCUAAAUAAACUAUUUUUAAAAUCACAAAUUAUAUAAUUUUGUAGAAAUUGGAUUACACAACUGUAACAUAGUUAAAAUAGAAUUAAUAUGUAACUCAAAUAAAA